UGACCACGAGUACGACCUCUCUGCAGCUGAACGAUAGUUCAGAGAGACGCAUCACUAAACCAGCUUUAAAGCAGUCAGUGCUCAUCAUCAUCAUGGCCUCUGGAGCAUUGUUCCCCAGCAUGGUGUCUGGGUCCCGCGGCUCUUCCAGUAAGUACCUGGUGGAGUUUCGGGCUGGUAAGAUGACCAUGAAGGGCAGCACGGUGACGCCUGACAAGCGUAAAGGUCAGGUCUACAUCCAGCAGACGGACGACUCCCUCAUCCACUUCUGCUGGAAGGAUCGGACCACCGGGAACGUGGAUGAUGACCUGAUCAUCUUUCCUGAUGACUGCGAGUUCAAACGGGUGAACCAGUGUACCACCGGGCGAGUCUAUGUGCUCAAGUUCAAAGCUGGUUCCAAAAGGCUCUUCUUCUGGAUGCAGGAGCCAAAGACCGAUAAGGAUGAUGAGUACUGUCGCAAAGUGAACGAGUAUCUGAACAACCCGCCCAUGCCCGGCGCGCUUGGCAGUGGCAGCAGCGGAGGACACGAUCUGUCUGCGCUUGGAGGUGAGGGCGGUCUGCAGAGCCUUCUAGGUAACAUGAGCCACAACCAGCUGAUGCAGCUCAUCGGACCAACUGGACUGGGAGGGAUCGGUGGUCUCGGGACGCUGGCUGGUCCAGGCUUGGCCAACCUGCUGGGCAGCAGCAGCAGCAGCAGCAGCAGCGUUCCUGCAGCCAGCAACUCCUCCACAAGUCCGUCUACAGCUGUCACUCCAACUUCUACCUCAGCUGCCAGUCGGCUCGGCUCCUCCCAGGUUCCCACCACUCCCAUUACACCCUCCGCCACCUCAGCGGCCUCCCCAACAGCCACCACUCCCUCCACCCCUGCUGUGUCCUCCGUGGCAGCGGCAGCAGCCAACCCCACGCAGCCCAUCCAGCUGAGAGACCUGCAGAGCAUCCUGGCCACCAUGAACGUACCUGCCAGCAGCCAGGGAGUGGACCUUGCCAGCGUCCUGACGCCUGAAAUCAUGGCUCCCAUCCUGGCCAAUCCUGAGGUUCAGCAGAGGUUGAUGCCCUAUCUGCCGUCCGGAGAGUCCCUGCCUCAGAGCUCAGAGGAGCUGCACAACACGCUGAGCUCACCUCAGUUUCAGCAGGCUAUGAGCAUGUUCAGCAGUGCUCUGGCGUCUGGGCAGUUGGGGCCUCUAAUGAACCAGUUUGGCUUGCCUGCAGAGGCCGUCGACGCCGCUAACAAAGGAGACGUGGAGGCUUUUGCCAAAGCCAUGGAGACGGAGACGAAGUCGGAUCAGGACAGCGACUCCAAAGACAAGAAAGACGACGAUGAAGACAUGAGCCUGGACUAAAUGCUUGUUUAUGAAAUAUUAUUAUUAUUUAAUGUAUUUAUUUAGCUGCUUAGUUGCUGUUUUGUUCCUGCCACAUCUGAAGGAUAUAGAUUAUGGCUGAUAUAGCAGAAAGUGUGACUCCCGGCUGAUAGCGCUGUGUUGAAUUAAUAUGUUCCUGAUUUAACUGAGUGAACAUGUACUCUACCUGCAUGUCAGCUACUAGCCUAUCCUGUCCAAACACCAGGGGACAGUAAAAAAUAAUAGAAA